GGGGAAUGCCGCCGUCACGUGACCCUGUACUUGGGCCUAGCGCACCUAGUCGAUUCCCUCCCAGGUUCUCCCGCUCACGUGACCUAUCUCCCAGCCAGCCACAAGCUUCACCCUUUGCCCGUGCAAGCUGUUAUGUAAGGGGAGCGCACGCCGGCGGGGGUGCGCAUCCACUGUUGGGGAAAAAAGCUGUUUGACUAGUCCAAAUGGAUACAAUUUUGAACUGCAAUCUGGAUGAUAUGGAAGAUUAUUACAUCUUGCUAGGAUGUGAUGAACUAUCCACGGUUGAACAAAUUCUUGCAGAGUUUAAGGUCAAAGCCCUUGAGUGUCACCCUGACAAACAUCCUGGAAACCCUAAAGCCGUGGAGAAUUUUCAGAAGCUGCAGCAGGCUAAAGAGAUUCUUACUAACGAAGAGAGUCGAGCUUGUUACGAUUACUGGCGACGAAGCAAAAUUACCAUUCCAUUCCAGCAGUGGGAGGCUCUGAGCAACUCUAUAAAAACGUCAAUGCACUGGGCUGUCAGAAGUAAAAAAGAGCCAAUGCUGGAAGCACCUGAGCUAAAUAAUAGCAACAACAUAACUAAUGACACUUGGGCCCAACAGACUGAAAACAAUAAAGAUGGAUUGUCAGCUGAGAGAAGGGAGCAAGACGAUGCCGAGACUUCUGAUGAGAAGCCACAAUCACCAAAGAGUCCAGACUCUCCAAGAUUUUUAGAUGCAAAUUGCUCACUCUUGCAUUUCCGCUGGUCAGGUGAUGCCCCUUCAGAGCUUCUGAGGAAGUUCAGAAACUAUGAAAUAUAAAAUAUGAGCCCAAGAUAUCUGAGAGCAUGGAAUCAUCUGCUCAACAGUGCAGUAUUUUUUGUCCAUGAUUAAAACUUGUUUGUAUCUUGUGCCUGUUCACCAUUAUUUGAAUGUUCAAUUAUGUGGCUUUGUAAUACUGAUCUGUUAUCACACUUUGUAUAAGUAUUUUAGGUGGAAGAAAUUUUGAGAGGGCAAGGCACUAUCUUUAUUCAGUAUUAGCAUAAGUAACAAUUAUAUGCAUAAAGUGGUCCAGUGUUUUAUAUCAGUUUCCUGUGUUCU